AUGGACGACUAUAUGGAAACACUGAAGGAUGAGGAGGACGCCUUGUGGGAGAAUGUGGAGUGCAACCGACACAUGCUGAGUCGCUAUAUCAACCCAGCCAAGCUCACCCCCUACCUGCGCCAGUGCAAGGUCAUUGACGAACAAGAUGAAGAUGAGGUGCUUAACGCUCCCAUGCUGCCGUCCAAGAUCAACCGGGCAGGCCGACUGCUGGACAUUCUACAUACGAAGGGACAGAGGGGCUAUGUGGCCUUCUUGGAGAGUCUGGAAUUUUACUACCCAGAAUUGUACAAACUGGUGACUGGAAAGGAACCCACUCGUAGAUUCUCCACCAUUGUGGUGGAGGAGGGCCACGAGGGCCUCACGCACUUCCUGAUGAACGAGGUCAUCAAGCUGCAGCAGCAGGUGAAGGCCAAGGACCUGCAGCGGUGCGAGCUGCUGGCCAAGUCGCGACAGCUGGAGGACGAGAAGCAGCAGCUGACGCUGACCCAGGUGGAGCUGCUGACCUUCCAGGGCCGGUACUACAAGAUGAAGGAGGAGCGGGACAGCUACAACGACGAGCUGGUCAAGGUGAAGGACGACAACUACAACUUGGCCAUGCGCUACGCCCAGCUCAGCGAGGAGAAAAACAUGGCGGUCAUGCGGAGCCGAGACCUCCAGCUCGAGAUCGACCAGCUCAAGCACCGGUUGAACAGGAUGGAGGAGGAGUGCAAGCUGGAGAGGAAUCAGUCGCUGAAACUGAAGAACGACAUCGAGAGCCGGCCCAGGAAGGAGCAGGUCCUGGAGCUGGAACGGGAGAAUGAGAUGCUGAAGACCAAAAUCCAGGAGCUGCAGUCCGUGAUUCAGGCCGGGAAGCGCAGCCUGCCAGACUCGGACAAGGCCAUCCUGGACAUCCUGGAACAUGACCGCAGGGAGGCCCUGGAGGACCGGCAGGAACUCGUCAACAAGAUCUACAACCUGCAGGAGGAGGUCCGCCGGGCGGAGGAGCUGAGGGACAAGUACCUAGAGGAGAAGGAGGACCUGGAGCUGAAGUGCUCGACCCUGGGGAAGGACUGUGAGAUGUACAAGCACCGCAUGAACACCGUCAUGCUGCAGCUGGACGAGGUGGAGCGGGAACGGGACCAGGCCUUCCAUUCCCGGGACGAAGCACAGACCCAGUACUCCCAGUGCUUAAUCGAAAAGGACAAGUACAGGAAACAGAUCCGCGAGCUGGAGGAGAAGAACGACGAGAUGAGGAUUGAGAUGGUCCGGCGGGAAGCCUGCAUCGUGAACCUGGAGAGCAAACUCCGGCGCCUCUCCAAGGACAGCGGCAGCCUCGAGCAGAGUCUGCCCAGGAACCUCCCAGUGACCAUCAUCUCUCAGAGCUUUGGGGACACCAGCCCCAGGACCAACGGUCAGGAGGCCGACGAUUCUUCAGCCUCAGAGGAUUCGCCAGAGGACAACCGCUACUUCCUGCCCUACCACCCGCCCAAACGCAGGAUGAACCUGAAGGGUAUCCAGCUGCAGAGAGCCAAAUCCCCCAUCAGCCUGAAGCGAACAUCAGAUUUUCAAGGGAGGGGGCGCGAAGAAGAUGUCACAGACGCCAGCCCCAGCUCCUGCAGGUCGCUGCCCGUCGCCGCCUCCUUCUCCAAGACGCCCCACCGAAGCCGUUCCAGCAUCAUGUCAAUCAUGGCCGAGCCCCCAGGAAACGACUCCAUCGUCAGACGCUGUAAGGAAGACGCGCCUCAUCGGAGCACAGUUGAAGAAGACAAUGACAGCGGUGGCUUCGAUGCCUUAGACCUUGACGAUGACAGUCACGAUCGGUGCUCCUUUGGACCCCCCUCCAUCCACUCCUCCUCCUCCUCCCACCAGUCUGAGGGCCUGGACGCCUAUGACUUGGAGCAGGUCAACCUCAUGUUUAGGAAGUUCUCUCUGGAAAGACCCUUCCGGCCGUCGGUCACGUCCGUGGGGCACGUGCGCGGCCCCGGGCCCUCGGUGCAGCACGCCACGCUGAGCGGCGACGGCCUCGUCUCCCAGCUCUCGCUGCUCGGGGGCAACGCGAGCGGCAGCUUCGUCCACUCGGUCAAGCCGGGCUCCCUGGCUGAGAAGGCCGGCCUCCGCGAGGGCCACCAGCUGCUGCUGCUAGAAGGCUGCGUCAAAGGCCAGAAGCAGAGCGUCCCCUUGGAGACGUGCACGAAGGAGGAGGCGCACUGGACCAUCCAGAGGUGCAGCGGCCCCGUCACACUGCACUACAAGGUCAACCAGGAAGGGUACCGGAAGCUGCUGAAGGACACGGAGGAGGGCCUGGUCACGUCGGGGGACUCCUUCUACAUCCGGCUCAACCUGAACAUCUCCAGCCAGCUGGACGCCUGUUCCAUGUCCCUGAAGUGCGAUGACGUCGUGCACGUCCGCGACACCAUGUACCAGGACAGGCACGAGUGGCUGUGUGCGCGGGUCGACCCCUUCACGGACCACGACCUGGACGUGGGCACCAUCCCCAGCUACAGCCGAGCCCAGCAGCUCCUCCUGGUCAAGCUGCAGCGCCUGAUGCACCGGGGCAGCCGGGAGGAGGUGGACACGACCCACCACACCCUGAGGACCCUCCGGAACACCCUGCAGCCCGAAGACCCACUUCCCGCUGCGGACCCCCGGGUCAGCCCUCGCCUCUCACGAGCGAGUUUCCUUUUCGGCCAGCUCCUUCAGUUCGUCAGCAGGUCCGAGAACAAGUACAAGCGGAUGAACAGCCACGAGCGCGUGCGCAUUGUCUCGGGGAGCCCGCGGGGGACCCUGGCCCGGUCCUCGCUGGACGCCGCGAAGCUCCUGACCGAGAAGCAGGAAGAGCUGGACCCCGAGAGCGAGCUCGGCAGGAACCUCAGCCUGAUCCCCUACAGCCUGGUGCGCGCCUUCUACUGUGAGCGCCGCCGGCCCGUCCUCUUCACGCCCACCAUGCUGGCCAAGGCGCUGGUCCAGAAGCUGCUCAACUCAGGGGGCGCGAUGGAGUUCACCACGUGCAGGCCCGACGUUGUCACGAGAGACGAGUUCCUCAGAAAGCAGAAGACGGAGACUAUCAUCUACUCCCGAGAGAAGAACCCCAACUCCUUUGAAUGUGUCGUUCCCGCCCACAUCGAGGCUGUGGCGGCCAAGAACAAGCACUGCCUGCUGGAGGCGGGGAUCGGCUGCGCCAGGGACCUGAUCAAGUCCCGCAUCUACCCCAUCGUGCUCUUCGUCCGGGUGUCGGAGAAGAACAUCAAGAAGUUCAGGAAGAUGCUGGCCCGGCCGGAGACCGAGGAGGAGUUCCUGCGCCUGUGCCGGCUGAAGGAGAAGGAGCUGGAGGCCCUGCCGUGCCUCUACGCCAGCGUGGAGGCGGACAUGUGGGGCAGCGUGGAGGAGCUGCUCCGCGUCAUUAAAGACAAGAUCGGGGACGAGCAACGCAAGACCGUCUGGGUGGACGAGGACCAGCUGUGA